CAAGUGUAUAGUGGCCUGUUUUUGUAAAAGCAGGGAUAUACAUUUAUCAGGCACAAGCAGAGGUUACUGCUGAGUAGAGGCGCGUGGCAGCAGGAGUCGCAGCGAGAGGUCUGAGCUCCCGAUGUCAGCUAGCGGUCGUCUCGGCCAGUUACCCAGCAGCCGUCAUUUAUUGGUUAACUCAUUCAUCCACUUCAUCCCAAGUGACAUCCUACACCCCCAGUCAACAGUCGAUGGUUCCUCAGACACAUCCGCCAGUUGGCAUGGCCCGGGAGCAGUCCCUGUCCUCCAACUGCCUCUGUCCUAUGCUGUUCCCUCACGCAGAGAAGUAUUGUAUGCUGUGGGUUCAGCUCCACUAUACAGCGAGGAUGAUCAACUAGAGGAAAGUCAGCAGCUACUGCCCAGCCAAGAUGUGGAGGAGACAUCCGCCACUUCCUCCGCUAGGUGGGCAAGUAGUGAUGAGGAGAGUGGCAUGGGAGGUGGUAUUGCAAGCGUUCAUGCUUCUGAAACAGACACCGUUGAGGAACUUGAAGAUGACAUCAGUGACUUGCAGACACAAUUCGAUGAUGAUGAAGCCGAUCACACUUGGGUGCCGGGUACAGAAGGGGCUUCAUCAUCAACAGGAGAAGAGGGUGGCAGGUUGCCAUGAGACAGCAGCUGAGCCAGAAAGGUGGUAGCAUGGUUGUGAGUCAGCAGGGUGGCAGCAGUGGGAAGUUUGGAGCUACCUCUCCUCAUGCUGCUGCCACCUCCAGGCUCUGUCAUUGUGCUGCCCUAUGGUCUUGUCAUGCUGCUGCCACCUCCAGGCUCUGUCAUUGUGCCGCCCUAUGGUCUUGUCAUGCUGCUGCUACCUCCAAGCUGUGUCAUUGUGCCUCCAUGUGAUCUCCUCAUGCUGCUGGCACAUUUGAAAACCUCCAUGCUGUGUCUUGUGGAACUCUGUGAUGACCCGCACCUGUUUGUAAAUGGAAUCAGCCAUCAUGAUUUACAUCAAGGCAAGCUGGGAAACUGCUGGUUUGUUGCCGCUUGCUCCUGUCUGGCGCUCAGAAAGACUCUUUGGCAAAAGGUUAUUCCAGAGUGGAAAAAACAGGAAUGGAGCACAAAAAGACCACACAGAUAUACAGGAAUUUUCCAUUUCCAGUUCUGGUGCUUGGGAAGCUGGGUCGAUGUUGUCAUUGAUGAUCGUUUGCCAAGUAUAGACGGGGAUUUGAUCUACUGCCAUUCUAAUGUGAAGAACGAAUUCUGGAGUGCACUACUUGAGAAGGCUUAUGCCAAGUUGGCUGGCUCAUAUGAAGCCCUUGAUGGAGGCAGCACAGCUGAUGCCAUUGUGGAUUUCACUGGGGCAGUUGCAGAAAGCAUUGACUUAUCAGACAGUAAAUACAAAGUUAAUAUUAUGCAACAAACAAAGUUGUUUGAAGAGCUUUUGAAAGUUUAUAAAAGAGAUGGAUUGAUCUGCUGUCACCUUAAGGCUGCCUCCUCCAGGGAUAUGGAAGUGGUGAAUCCAAUGGGACUAAUCAAAGGGCAUGCUUAUUCAGUAACUGGUAUAAAGAAGGUGACUCUGGGAGAGAAGACCCUUUGCUUUGGAAAGACCACCAAACUAUUCAUGAUCAGAAUGAGGAAUCCAUGGGGAAAAAGGGAGUGGAAAGGUGCAUGGAACGAUGAAUCUGAAGAGUGGAAAAAAGUGAGCAAAUCUGAGAAAGGGAAGCUUGGACUGACUGUGCAAAAUGAUGGCGAGUUCUGGAUGACUUUCGAGGACUGGUGUAAUAACUUCACUCAUAUCGACGUCUGCCGUAUGAUAAACACUUCAUAUCUUAGCCAGCACAAAACAUGGGAAAAGGGGGAGGCUCUAGGAAAAUGGACAAGUAAUGAAGACGCUCUACUGAAUCGCUCCGGAGGAUGCUUCAAUAAUAAAAGUACAUUUUUUCAGAAUCCACAGUACAUAUUCGAGGUGAAAAAAGAAGAAGAUGAGGUGCUGGUUUCACUGCAGCAAGAGGAUCAGCGAAUACUCAAGAAGUUUGGGAGAGGAAACAGUUUCAUUAUUGGCUUUGAAAUUCUCAAGGUGGAACAAAAUAGACAGUAUAGAAUACACAAGAUGCAAGGACAGGAAAGAACUGCAUCCUCCCCCUAUAUGAAUCUGAGGUCCAUUUUUCUGAGGAAGGUAUUGAAGAAAGGCAGAUACGUCAUUAUUCCUACGACUUUUCAUCCUGGAGUUACCUGUGACUACAACCUCAGACUCUUUACAGAUGUGCCGUCCAGUUUCAGAGAGCUAUUGAAGGAUAAACCCAGUGUAACCUGUUGGAACAUCUUGUUUGGAUAUCCUAAAAGAGUCAGUCAAGUGUCGGUGCAUAGCAUAGAAGGAGUGGAGCCAAAGGGGAAACCAGAAGGCGCUGAUCUGUACAUUAUUAUCAAAUGUGAAAAUGAGAGUGUUCAAUCUGAAGUCUACAAAAGUACAACCAGCGCCGUCAUUGAUCUGAAAGCAAUUUUCUACCGUAGGAGAGUGGGUGAACCAAUUGCUAUUCAGGUCUGGAGAAGCAAGAUCAUGAGUGACCAGUUCCUAGGCCAAGUGCUUCUAGCUGCUUUGCCUAAUGACCCAGUAGAAGAGCAGAGUCUCCAGCUGCACAACAAGGAUGGGCGAGCAGCACAGGAGAUGCCAGGCCAGAUAAAUGUCAAGGUUGUCUCCUCUAAUGACCUGCUUGAACUGUGAAUGUGAGAGAGUCUCCCGGACACAGACAGAGCUGCGAGCUAAAGACUGUCUGGCAUGCCUGGGUAAAUGACGUCUUCUCAGUUCGCGUGCACAGGAACUAGCUAUAUGUAUUAGCGCUUAGCACAUCCAGUAUUUUUAAGUCAUCUUGCAGGAAAACACAAGCAUAAAUGAGCAAAGUUCCAUAUUCUAAAAGAUCAAAGUUUAUGGCACAUCCUAAAAAUCCUGAAAUACUGGCAGUAACCUGCUAGAAGCCUGAUAUUGUUCCAUAUUUAUCAUGAAAUAUUCAUGUCCUAUAUUUUGCAUCUGGUGUUCUUAUUUUCCUGCUUGGAACCACAUUACAUCAUAAAAGGUACUUUAAAUGGGUACGUCGGUGAAAA